AUGGAUCAAGGCGAAAUUCGCUGGGCCCCGAACUCCUCGUGCUCGCUGGACGAUUCCGUCAUCGACAGCUACGAGGUUUGGAUCGUCGACUCCUGCGGGCAGAAGCUGGAGCUGGUGGGUGCCCUCAGCCCUCGGAUCCAGGUGUGGACAGCCGAGAUGCUCGAAUGUGGCUUGACCCUGUUAGCUUCAGGCCAAUUGGGCGACGGCUGGAGAGCAGGGAAAAUGCUGCGAUUGCCUCACGGAGUGUUGAUUCGAUGGUUUUCUGCCGCUGUGACGUGGGAAGAGAAUCGGCAACAGGUCGUUUCCGGGAGCGAUGCUUCCCGUCUACCACCGUGUGCAGACCAGCACUACAUCCUCGUCUACUUCAACCUCCACUACCUCCACCUCCAGUACUUCCACCUCCAGUACUUCCAGCUCGAGUUCUUCAACCUCGAGCACUACAACUUCCAGCGCUUCUACUUCUUCCACUUCCAGCAGCACGACGAAGAGCACCACAUCUUCCGUUACAUCCACGACCUCGGCUACAACGACCACGUCGCUGACGGUGACCUCUAUAACAUCGGCAUCCUGGCGGGAGACAUGUGUCCAAAAGUCACCAUUUGGGCCCUGCCCAAGGUGACCACGACCUUCACGACUAGGACCGUCACCUACACGAUUAUUCCUGGAGACUGCCCUUUGCCACUGACGGAUGUUACGCAAAAUGCGCUGGACUGCCUCUCCAGAACACCCGGCUGCUCGAUCUGCGAAGUCGUUUGUGCCGAAGGCUUCGAAGCAAAUGCCACGACCCUGACGUGCGGCGAGACAGAAAUCUUCGAAGGUCCACUUCCCACGUGCACGAGACCCUGCAUCGCAGGCUUGCCUGGCGGCCUGGGCAUUGUCACCAGCGACUGCGAGGGCAAGGUGAACGGCCAGAGCUGCGAGGUCUCCUGCGCCUCGCACGAUCCCAGCACAGAGGCGACGUUGGCUUCGCUGGUGGGCCCGCGGAGUCUUGGCCGGGAGUUCACGGGUGAUGAUCAACACGAGUACUUGUGCAAUCCGACCGGCUUCUUUGAGGGGCCCGGACUGGAAUGCGCGGUGCCGACCUGCGCAGAGGAGGAUCUACCCAGUGGCUUCGACACGACCGACUGCGCGAACACGGAGCUCUUCAGGUUUUGUUUCGUGCGCUGCCCCGCUGGUUACCAGUUUAACGAGGCCGUCUUCCUCUGUCAAUCUUCGGGUAUCUUCUUGGGCACGGCUCCCGAAUGUCAACGGCUGAGCUGCAGUUCCAACCUACUGCCGCAGCAGGUUGGCCUGAACCUCUCUGAUUGCCUUGGAACCUUCGCCGGAAGCUCCUGCCUGGUCUCCUGCGAACUUGGCUAUGAAGGCGAUGCUUCGAUCUUUUCCUGCUCCCUUGACGGGACCUUCAACGGGCUGGCACCGUCCUGUGCGCGGAAAGUUUGUCCCAUCCCUUCCCGGCUGGUCGCGCCCGAACUCUCCACUGACUGUGCGGGCGUACAACAUCUCGACCGCUGCAUUGGCCGAUGCAUGCCGGGCUUCACCGGUUCGCCCACUGAGCUGCGCUGCUUUGACGGCUUGCUGACUGGGCCAACCCCGCUCUGCCUCCCCAACACCUGCUCCCUCUUCGGCUUUAGCCUCGGUAGCGGCGUGAAUGUGACGGUGGCCUGGCCUGGUGACUGCGUGGGUGCGAGGACUUCGCAGAACUGCAGCCUGGACUGCGAGCGGGGCUACUUCCCCGUCGGUGUGGCGGAGAUGAGCUGUCAGAGCGACGGAAGCUUCCUGAGAGGAGGCAACUUCUCCUGCCUUCCGACGCCCUGUGGCGGCAUCUCCACGGUCUCCCCCUUCGACGAAGCCCGGCAACCGGGCCGCAGCCGGAGCCAAGCCGCUCUACGCCGUCGCAUGCCGUCGCCGUCGCCGCAGUGGCGUAGUGGCUUCAGGUUCGGGGACUCCUGCAUCAGCCAGAGCUUCGGGGACUUCUGCAGCGUCUUUUGCGAGACCGGCUGGACCAUCUUGGGCAAUGCCACUCUGCAGAUUCUUCCAAAGCUCUUGGCUCCCCUACCGGCCCAGCUCACUGAUGUUCCAAACUUUCGAAGUGAGGCCACAUUGAUGCUUUGCGACGCUGGACCCAACAGCAGUGCGGGGUACAGGGAGCUGCCAAGCUGCAGUGGGAUGACGGAGUGGAUUUUCCUCUGUCACCUGUUCUUGCCCGAGCUCUUCUUAACCAUGACCCCGAUGUUGAUUAGACCAAUCUCUGCACCGUAUCUCAACUUGGAGCGCCUUCUCAGAGAGACGCCAGUGGGGCAACGAAAGCGGAAGGCAAAGUCGGAACAACUAACUGGCGGAGACGACAAGAUUGGCCUUCCUAACAUUCUGGGCGUCCAACACGAUUGCCUGGGCAAGACGACCUUGCAGACCUGCACAGUGAACGCCUCCUUUGGAUUUACCAUGGCGGGGCCCGAAAGCUCUGCAGUGCUGCAGUGUCACAUCGACGGCCAGUUUCUCGGGACGGUGCCAGAGGUGAGGACUUCUCGGUGCCCUUCGCCGAACUUCGACGCUCUCAGCGUUGGAAGCACCUGCGAGAACAAGUCGAUCGGAGCCGAGUGCUGGGCUUUCUGCAAGUCGGGAUUUACUGGGGACCCGCAGCCCUACGAAUGCGUUGCGGACGAGGCUGCCAAUGUCAUCGAGGUGCGGCCGCUAGCGGCGAACAUCUCCUGCCAGAACUCAAGUUCGAGGCGUCUGGGCCUGGGCCACCUGGACCUCGAACCGCGGUUUCUUUUCGUGCUGUCGCGUGUUCUAGGGUGCAUCGGCUUUGACAGCAAUCAGCCUGCUGUGGAUGGAUUUGGACUGGCCUUGCCACAGUACGAGCAUAGCUGCUCUCUGCUGCUUCACAACGAGGUCUGCAUCGCCCACUGCAGUUUGGGUUGGGAAAUGACCGGAUCGGCGACGGUUCUUGUUUGCGACAAUGGAGCCCUGAGCGGCGGUGUCCUGCCAGCUUGCGUUCCACGGCCUUGCUCCUACAACGUCCCAAGCGCGGUCGGAUUGCAGCACAACUGCAGCAAUGUCACGACGGGCGGAAUCUGCAUGGCAAGCUGCACGGAGGAGGGCUUCGAGUACUCCGGCGGACCAGAGCUCUUCGAGUGUUUGCCGAGCGGCACAUUCACUGGAACCCUUCCACCGUGCCAGCGGCGCAGCUGUUUGGAUUUGGUUCUGGAUGACAGCAAGUUCGCGCACAACUGCCGUGACAUGGUCUUCCUGGACACCUGCGGCGUGACCUGUGCCCAGGGCUGGAACCUGGUGGGCUGGGCUUCGCAGUUCGAGUGUGGCAGUGAGGGAGACAUCACUGGGGUGCCUCCGACCUGCGUCCCUUGGCUGCCUUAG